AUGAAGUGGCUCUACCAUCACGUGACCCGGUCCGUCAACGCCGUCCCCUUCACUGUCCUCCCGCCUCGCAAAGACAACUCCAUAGUUAUUCUGGGGGAUCCCAUAUCGAAGUUCAAUAUCAAGGAGGUUCAAUUCCUCCAGGGCUUCGCCAUCUCGGCUUCAAUCACACAGAGCUCAGCAACAUGCCAUAAACCAACAUGGUUCCAAAAAAAUGUGCCGACAUCAUCGGGCGGCGCGGACACCGCCGAGGCCAUAUUUCGGGCGAGGAAAAUCCCCUUGCUUGCGGCUGGGCUAGUGGCACUUGGUUUCGGCGUCUACUUUAGCAUGAUGGUGUCCUCUCUCUCCCGUCAGUCGUCAUCAGCAUCAACAUCGUCAUCGUCAACAGCAGAUGAGGCUACGCCCACAGGACGCCCACCCGCGUUCUCGCGGGAGUCGGCGCGCCAGUUUGACCAAUGCCUAGAUGCGUCGGAGAAAACCAUGGGCAUUUCUUCACUCCGCAAGGACCUCGGUCGAGCUGUGUCGGGUCACGUCAUCGAAGUCGCUGUGGGGACGGGCCGAAACAUGAGCUUCUACGACUGGAGGAAGAUCCUUCCAUCAUCCCGACGUGGCGGCGAGCCAGUUUCCAAGACAGCAACAUCGCCGCCGGCCAUGUUAUCCUACACCGGGGUGGACGUCUCCCCCGAUAUGCUUGAAGUCGCCAUCGAAAAGCUCCCCGGUACUCUUCCGGGGCUUCGCGGCGUCACCCCCGCCGUCACAACGCAACCGCGAACGGGCGCAGACAAAAAGGGGCUCAAGUUCUUCUCGUUCCUCGACGGCAAACUCAGGCUCGCCCAAUGCGACAUACAGCAUACCAUACCACCCCCUGCCGCCGACUUGACAGGGGGCCAAGAAAAGUACGACACGGUCGUGCAGACGUUUGGGCUCUGCAGCGUCGCGGAUCCUGGACAGGUGAUCCGGAACCUGGCCGGCAUGGUCAAACCCGGGACCGGCAAGAUCAUCUUGAUCGAGCACGGUCGUGCGCGAUGGGGUAUCGUGAACACCCUGCUCGACUGGUCGGCCCCGUCCCAUUUCCAGAAGUACGGCUGCUGGUGGAACCGAGACAUCGUCGGCAUCGUGGAGGCUGCCGCCGAGAAGACACCUGGCCUACGGGUUGUCCGGGUCGAACGCCCCUUCAUCACACAACUGGGGACAACUGUUUGGUUGGAACUGGCAGUUGACCGCAUCCAUGGCACAAACACUACCGCCUCUACCGCCACAACACGAGCAAAUAAUGUUAAGAGUUGA